AUGUCGUCUGUAUCUUCUGAAAAAAAACAAAAAGAAUCACUACCAGAUUCAAGACCUACUCCGCCUUUGAAAAAAUCAGAACAUAUUCCAAAGAUAGAUAAAAGUUAUCUUAAUGAUUAUAACGGGUACACAUUCACCAUAAAGACUUGGCUUUAUGAUGUAGCCAUUUUUUGCUUUAAUAUUUUAUUUGCCAUAUUUUUCAGGGAAAUUUUCAUCAGAGGCGAACAAUACAUACCACCCAAGGGUGUUCCCACCAUUAUUAUGUGUGCUCCACACGCUAACCAAUUUAUUGAUGGUGGUAUAGUUAUGUCUAGAGUCCGCAAUGUUAGUGGUAGACAAACUUGCUUUGUCAUUGCUGCUAGUAGCUUUAAAAGAAGAUUUAUUUCUUUAUUUAGCAAAAUGACUGGUGGAAUUCCAGUUCCAAGAGCCCAAGACUAUUUAAAGGUUGUACCAAAUGUCAAGAUUGUCCAGGUAUUGAAUGAAGAUGAUCCAGUAGCAAAAUUUAAAAUAAUUAGCGACGACAGCAAUGAAGAUUUCGAUUGUUUUAAACAUUUUAUGGUUAAAGGGCUACUUGGUAUCAGUAUGAAGGGUAAUUGUCAAAUUAAGGAAAUUGUAGACAAAUCUACUUUAAUUUUGGCCAAGCAAUUUAAAUCUCCAAUAAUGGAACCAACAAGUUUCAAAUAUGCCCCAAAAAUUAAUAAUAGCAAGGUUUUCCAAAACGUGUUUAACCAUUUAGAUUCUAAAGGUUGCAUAGGUAUUUUCCCGGAGGGGGGCUCUCAUGACCGUCCCUCUUUGUUGCCAGUUAAGGCUGGUGUGUCUAUUAUGGCAUUAGGUGCUAGCGCUGCGGAUCCUACCAUGAAAGUGCAUGUUGUUCCAUGUGGGCUAAACUAUUUUCACAGAGACAAAUUUAGAUCAAGAGCCGUUUUAGAAUUUGGUAAACCAAUUGUUGUAGACCAUGAUAAUUGGGGUACAAAAUACGUUGCGAACCCCUAUGAUACUGUUUCAGAACUAUUGAAAAUACUAGAAACUGCAUUAUAUUCAGUUACGGUUAAUGCGCCAGAUUUUGAUACUUUAAUGGUCAUCCAAACUGCUAGAAGGUUACUUUUUAGGAACACCACCGAUGAUAUUAGUUUAAAUGUUGAGAUUAAUAGAAGAUUGAUGAAGGGAUAUACCAAAUACAAAGAUGAUGAAAGGAUUAUUCGAUUAAAAGAACAAGUCAAGGAAUAUAAUAAGGAAUUAUCACAGGCAGGCUUGAAGGACUACCAAAUCGAUAUCAUUACUGAAUUAAGUGCUGUUCAAUCUCUUUUUAAGUUGGUGACUAGACUAGCCAUUUUGUUUAUUAUGGUCGCAUUAGCUCUACCGGGAAGUAUCUUAUUUUCUCCAAUUUUCCUCACCGCUAGUAUUUAUUCCAAAAAAAAGGCACUAGAGGGUCUAAAAAAGAGUGUCGUUAAAAUCAAAGGUACUGAUUUAUUAGCCACUUGGAAAUUGGUUGUUGCUUUAGCUAUGGCUCCCAUUUUAUACAUAACUUAUUCAGUUUUAUUUAUUAAAUUUGGACCUGAAUCGAUGAAACCUUUUGGUAGCUGCUCUGUUUUGAAUUUUAUUUUUGCUUAUAUUGUAUUAGUUUUCACUACAUGGGUUAGUUUCCGAACUGGGGAAAGAGGUAUGGAUGUCUUUAAAUCAUUGCCACCUCUAUUGGUUUGUUUAGUUUAUCCUAAUUGGAAAUUGCAACAUUUGAAAUCUUUCCGUGAUAAUUUAAGUAAAGAAAUGCGUACAGUUUGUGACACUUUAGGCCCUACAGUGUUUCCUAAUUAUGAAAAAAUGACUACCGAAUUGGAAAAGCACUUGGAAGAGCAUCAUCGUUUAAGAGGUAGAAGUCGUUCUUCUAGUAUCAACUCAAGUAUUUUAUCUAAUCCGCACAGUAGAAGCAAUUCCUGUGUCAGUUCUAUUCAUAGCGAAAAAUCAUACAAAGAUGAUAGCUUGGAUGAUGUUCUUGAUGUUGCUCAUAAUGAAAAAUUUGAAGUAGAAAAUAUGUCCGUCGAUGAUGUCAAUGAAGGUAAGUCAUCUGGUGUUUCAAAAAUCUCAGACAUUGUUAGAGAAUCACGUAAAAGAGACAAGAAAUAA